AUGUACGAAUCCCUCCCCGCCAUUCCCGCCGACCCCGCCAUACCUGCCGACACUACCAAACCCCCCAAUCCCACCAACCCGGUCACCAUCACGAAUCCCAUCGUUCCCGCCGUCGAGCCGCAGACCGUGGAAAUUACCGACAUUCCCGAAGCUAGCCGAACCCGAAAGCGAGAGGCCCCGCUGGUCACAAGCCCCGCGGAAAAUAAGAAGAAGCCGCUGGGGCGGGAGGUGGGGAAGGUGGAAACCGUCUUCCGCGGAUCGUCUGUCAUCACCGCAGCCGGCGGCGACGCGAACGCGACGGGAAACGCGAUCCUGACCGUGUAUAAGAGCGGCGCGAAGAUGAACGUGCGGUAUGUCCUAUCCGUGCGCCGCGUGUCGGCGGCUGGGCUGCCUAUGGGCGCGACGAUUAACAGCGGCGCGAGCAACGCGACGGGACCCGUGGUGGUCGAUUUCGCGGGAGCUGAUUGGGUGAAUACGACGGGCGUCGUUCGCACGCAGGCCGGCGACGUCGUUCUCGCGUCGUCCGUCGCAGAGAACGCGACGGACGCGGAUGCCGCCGAGGCCGCAGACGACUAUCUCAGCUAUGCGACGACUGGAGUGUGGGAAGACGUCGCCAGCAAUCGCACAACCUCUGGCGAAGCCCUUUCCACCGUGUUCGAGAGAAUUCUGGCUGACCCGGGCAGCUUUUACCUGGUUGUGUCAACCCCGAAUUUCAGCGAGGGCGCUGUGCGCGGACAGUUGCGCAAGGGCACUGGCGCAACUGUGCUUCCGCCCGGCCAUCAGCGCCAGUGGGAGCAACGGGGGAAGAAGCAGACGGGUAAGGGAGAGAAGGCGAAAGCCCCCCGCAACUAG